CGAGCGAGAUCCUUAUGUGCGUGGCGAGAAAGUUGCAGUUAGUUUACUACAGAGGCUGGGGCAAAUGGUCUGGGAACUGUUGAGCUCAACAGGAUUGUUCGUAUUGGCAUCAUGUCUCAAAGAAUUAGGAGAAACGGGUCGCCGACUUCGAAUUGUUUGGCUAUAAGUGGCAGCGCAGCCGGUGGUGGUGUCGGUGUUACCGGGGGCCCGGGAGCUUCUGGGAGCAACGCAGGAAUGAAUUUGUUUAGUCGUCUUCUGCCCAUGAAGGCUACGGUUCCGUUCCAGCUCAGACCGCAGACACAGCCCCCCCUGCAGUCCAAGUCGCUUCACAGUGCCGACAGUGGAGGCGGCAGCCCCACUCACACUUCCAACAAUAACAACGGUAAUGGUAAAUUCCACAGUAGUUCAGGCGAGGCACCUGGAAUGCGCACGCAGACUUCACUUAGCCGAAGCCCCACUCGUGCUGUCUCGGUCAGCUCCACAGCUGUUUCAGCCAUCCCACUGUCCUCCUCGUCCCCGUCUCCAUCCAAUGUCGGUCCCACAGGCUCUGUGUGCCUCCAAACCGGGACAGCCUCCCCUUCUUUGAGAGGCAGCCCCACCAACACGACUGCAUCAUCAACGACCAGCUCCGGGACAUUCCGAGCCGCUCAAACACAAUCACCUCUUCUUCCAGCAUCACCGACACAACAACUGACUUUUCCGAUGGUGUCGCCGCACAGUAACACUCACAGCUACCACAGCGGCACGGCUAGUGUCAACUUAUGCAGCCUCUGUGUGCCGCAUGUCUCAGUCGCCGGAGGCUCCCCAUGCUACUCACCCACCCAGCAGCUACACUGGCAAUCAGACUACUCAGUGGUGACAGCCUCCCUACAGCUUCUUCAACCCUAUUCGGCCUCGCCACCUUCAUCCUCAUCCUUGAGCAGCCAGAGGGGUAGAGCGGUGCAGUCACAACGGUGGUCACCCGAGCAAGACAGACAGUCCCCAGAGCGCGUCAGUCCCGGCUCGCCUGAUGAGAGAGCCAGGCACUCCCUGGCUGGCCUGUCCUCCUCUUCCUCCUCCUCUUCCUCCUCCUCCACUAGUUGUAUCCGUCGCACAUCCUCUCUGGACGCCCUGACGGGACCCUACCUGUCCGGACACUGGCCCCGCGAUGCAGCCCAUGCUCCCUGUGGCCCCUUCAUGAGAGACAAAUCCACACAGACCCCCAGCGCCUGGACAGAUGAAUGUUCAGAGGAGAAGAAGACCGACUCCCACAAGCGGUCAGCCUCCUGGGGAAGCACUGACCAGCUUAAGGAGAUCGCAAAGUUGCGUCAGCAGCUCCAGCGCAGCAAGCACAGCAGCCGUCACCAUCGCGACAAGGACCGCAAGUCACCCUUCAACGGCAAACAUGCUGCCAUCCACCAAUCACAGGCUCCGGUCCCAAAGAGUGUCCUCAUCCCCGUCCCCAAGACCUCGGUGUCGCGCUUCCGGAACAGCGUGGAGGGCCUGAACCAGGAGAUCGAGAGGAUCAUCAUCCGAGACCCGGCUGAGAGGGAGCAGCUCGCGCCCCAGGACGUCCCAGAUGGGCGCCGUGCCCCCCCGCCUCUGUACCAGCACUGCAGCAGCUCCCGGAGCAUCAACACCCAGACCCCCUCGGCCACCGCCGGCACCAACGCCGGCGGUAACCAGAGCAACGGCAGCAGCCGCUCGCAUUCGGUGUCGCCCAACUUCCUGGCUGUCGCCAAUGACGACGCGGAGGGAGAAGGAGAGGACGGGAGUCCCUAUCCCAGUGAGGAGCUGCUGAACGAGGGCAGAGAGAAAGAUUUGUGUCCCAGCUCUCCUCUGCCAAAGUACGCUUCAUCCCCCAAACCCAACAACAGCUACAUGUUCAAACGAGAGCCUCCAGAGGGCUGCGAGAGAGUCAAGGUCUUCGAGGAAACACAGGCCAAGCGAGGGCAGGAGAUCCCAGCGUUCCUAUCUCCGGACAAGAACAAGGUAAACUUCAUCCCCAACAGUGGCUCUGCCUUCUGCCUGGUCAGCAUCCUCAAGCCCCUUCUCCCCACGGCCGAGCUCAACCUGAAGGCUCCUGCAGUGGGGGGGAGCCUGUCCCCCCUCCCCCUGGUGGACCAGGACCCCAGAAUGUCCAGAGGAACCAGCACCUCCGUUCAGCAGCCCUCCUCUCUCCCACUCUCCAGGCGCCUGGAGGAAACAGAGAGCUAGAACUCCCCUCCUGGCAGCCAGAAGCGACAAGAACCGGAAUCCUCAGAACAAGACCCAGAACAACUCAGAACAUGUCCUGAAUCUGAAUCAUGUCCUGAAUCAGAACAUUUCCUGAAUCAGAACAUGUCCUGAAUCAGAACAUGUCCUGAAUCUGAAUCAUGUCCUGAAUCAGAACAUGUCCUGAAUCAGAACAUGUCCUGAAUCUUAAUCAUGUCCUGAAUCUGCCAUACUCUGAUCAAAUAGCAGAAAGUACUUCUAACACUGUCUGCUUGUGAUUGUCUGGAUGGGGGAGAAAUGAAAGAGCAUGUGUGUGCUAUGCAGCUUUGUAGUUGAUACAGAAUAGUGAAAUAGAGGGUGUAGGGUCACCUGCAUAUAGCAUUCUAUUCUCAGGAUAGAGUUAGAUACUGUACAGAUACUAUGCUAUAACCUCUGACACGACACCUUGGAUGGAUAGGUGAUAUAUUUUCUUCCUCUACCUGCAUGGUAGGGCAUUCUUAUGCACGUGCACACUCACAUACACACAGGAGCCUUAGGUUGCAAACACCCUCUCUCAAGUGGCAGUGGUCGCCAUCCUGCAAGGAUCGAAAAUAGCCUUUAUUUUAUAACAUUUUUGCAGUGGAGCAUAAUAUGAAAACAUGGUAGAACUGCAAUUGCCUUUGAGGCCAAGAGACAUGGCUUGAGUGUCUGUGUGCUUCCAGGUUGAUGAAGGUCCCAGUAGUCUUUGUCAGUAGUCACAUGAUUGCUCAGUAGAGUUCUGGAACCCUCCUGGUUAGAAUAUUCCGGCUGUGGCUCGGCCAGGCAAGCUCAAUAGAAACUGCUGGAGUAGUGAAGAAUGACCCACUGGUCUGGGGCCGAGUAGUCAGACUGUGACUAAGAGAUGUUGGCCCUAGGUUUCUAGCCAUGUGCUUAAUCAAAUGAAUAUGGUUCUGCUUUAAGAUAUAUAUAUAUAUAUAUGCACAGUAUGACUAACCGAAGUUUGGAUUGUGGAGGAAAUGAGGCUAGUUUACAUGAUUCUUGUGCAUUAAUGACAUCAAUACCGAGCAUCAAAAAAACAAUAUUGCCAAGAGUUAUAACAGUUAUUAAAACCUUUUUUUCCAAGA